GUUUUGAAGAUAAUGUCACCAACUAAAAGUUUUGUUUGUUUUGAAUUUACAAAAUGUGUGAAAACCUGAUAAUACUGUGAUAAUAAGAAACACAUAAUUCUACCGUUAGUAUUAAAAGAAGAAAAACUACUUCAUUCUUUUAAAACUUGAAGAUGGGGAAGAGAUAUCUUUGUGACUACUGUAACAAGGCAAUGGUAGCAGCACCAGCUAUAGUGAAGACACAUAACAAAGGAUUAGUUCAUCAAAGACUAGUACAGGAACAUUAUCAACAGUUCAAAGAUAUAGAGACGAUAUUAGUAGAAGAAAGUAAAAAGAAGCCAUGUGUAAGAUUUGCAAGCGGAGAAUGUAAAUUUGGUAGUAUAUGUCACUUCUCACAUUAUACUGUGGAGCAAAUACAAGCUAUGGGAGAAUAUGUGGCAUCGAAGAAUCGACCAAAGGAUGUCAUAUUCCCAUCGUUCGAAGAGUUAGUUCUAAAGUUAAUGGAUGAAAAAUCAAACAAGCAGCAGGAUUCAACCGAUGGUACCACAGUGAUGUAUGAUAAAAACGGAAUCACACAUACUUUUCCAUGGACUUACAACACUAUACUGGAUAACUAUCCGGACCGAUUGCCGCCAAGCGUGAAAAGAUUAAAAAUAGAAGAUUUUGAAGAUGCUAAAAUUGAAACUUGGGGGAGGUCAAUUCAUCUGAUGGGAAGUGAAAUGAUAAUCACCAAACAACAGGAACUCACCGCAAUAAAUGAGACCUAUGUAACAGACAUCAUGCGAGCAUUACAGGAUAUGUCCAAAGACAGUGGCAUAGUCUUACUAGCACAAACCGAUCCCUUCAUAUCAAACGCGUCAAUUCUUUUAACAGACGAAGAAACAGAUGACGAACAUGAUAAAGCAGAUACCGAUAAUGUUUUUGCAGAAUCAGAAGAAGUUAACAUCAAUUCUACCGAAGAAAAAUCACCAAAAAUGAAGAAUAUACUUAGAUGGCUGCCACCUAAAAAACCUAAGAAAAUAAAUUAUACCCAGAAACGAGAGGAACAGGAAAUAAUUGCGAAAGAAGAGAGAAAUGCGCUUAAAGCCCGACAGAUCAAUGCUGAAAGAAUAGCUUACGUAAUGGCCCUACUCAAAGGUGAUUUUUGGAGUACUGUUUAUAUGUAUGGAGAAGUACAACGAAUUAUCAACAAUCGUGAAGUUCUCGAUGAUCUUUCAUCAAUCGCAAUAUUUGCUCACUUUGUUGUUGAUGCAACAGAUUUAGAAGACUUUGUGGAUGCAAUUAUCAAUGCGAAUAAGGGAAGAAGUGACAGUAAUUCACUUGAACAACCAACACUCAAUAAUAUAGUUAUCGUAGUACCAGAUUCAGGUAACGAAUCAGAAACAAAUGAAGAUAAAAAUAAAGACGAUACACGACCUGACGCUUACCAUGCUGCAAUGGACAAAUACUUAAAACUUCAAAAUGAAAAUGUGAGUUUUACUUUUGAUAAGGAUCGAAGAAUGGUCGGAUCACCGUAUUCUGAAAUGGACGCAUCUGAAGGCCCAAUGAGUCUAAGCAAGAAAUACGUUAAAAAAAUUAUGACAACUGAACGUAUUCCUACAGAUAGCGCUGACCACGAAAGGAGAUUGAAAGCAAUUAAAGAACAUAUGGAAGAGCAUUUCACUUCUACCCUAUAUCUGUACAAUGAAGCAAAAAGAAUCCGUACCACCGGUGUCGUGAUGGAUGAAUUAAGGAAGAUGGCCGAAUACAUUAACUAUUCACAACAUGCUGCGCUGAAGAAAAUAAUUUUAGAGUGCGGUCGUGAGCCUGAGGUCAAGAAAGCGAGGAAUAUUUGGGGGCAACCAAAUAAUAUUGUUAUCAAUAUCCAAAAGGAUCCGGAGAAUGACAAUGUUAUUAAUUAA